AUGUGUAAAGGUUUGUUUCAAUGACAGUGGAAAGAUGGCGGCGCACAGAGUUAGGACUGCUGCAGGCCUAUUAAGCAGAGUCUGUGGACUUACCCAAGCCCGGAGAAACUUUGCAAUUUCGCAAUCUGUAGGUCAGAAAGUCCCCGACCCCGUAUGGAAUCUGGGACGUCUCAAUCAUGUUGCCAUUGCUGUGCCUGAUUUAGAGAAAGCCCGCUCUUUAUAUGAGAAGGUUUUAGGGGCUCAUGUGAGUGAGACUGUUCCUCUACCUGAGCAUGGUGUAUACACUGUUUUUGUGGAGCUUGGGAACACAAAACUGGAACUUCUACACCCCUUGGGACAGAACAGUCCAAUUUCUGGGUUUUUACAGAAAAACAAGGCAGGUGGAUUGCAUCAUAUAUGCAUUGAGGUUGAUGACAUUAAAGCAGCAAUGACCAGUUUAAAAGAGAAAAAAAUCAAAAUCCUAAGCGAAGAACCAAGAAUAGGCGCACACGGAAAGCCAGUCGUCUUCUUGCAUCCAAAAGAUUGCGAUGGAGUUCUCGUAGAGCUUGAAGAAGCCUAAUAUGAAUGGCCCAGUCAUAAAAUACAGGAACGUCUGGAAAAUGAACCAAGAAUUUAUAUUUCAUUUCCUAUCUGUCCAGAUUCAAGCCUUUAAAAUUCACCCUAGCCAAUGUAAACUAUUCUUAGUUACUUGUUGUAAUGCUAAUCAUCUUGUUUAAUGGCAACCAGCAUUUAAAGGUGAUGUCCAAUUAAAUAACGGAAAAACUUUUUUUGCAUAAUGAAAGAUUAAUUCUAACCAAUUUUCAAAUAUACAUUUAUUUAAAUAAAACUCAUUGAUAAAUAUGAAUAAUGUGAAUAUGAUUGCUAUUGAAAGCAGCAUCUGUCUGGCCUUUGCUGUUAUAUUCUCUGCUUGCCUGACUACAAAUAAAAUAGCAGAAAGCAGCUCUCCACCAA